AAAUGGAUUACGCAAUCCAAACAACUGUGAGCAGCGUUGAAUGUGAAGACCCCCGAUAUGAAGAAAAACCGGCGACUCAAAUAGCAGAGGAAUUUCCGAUACAUACCCAAGUUUUCUUUCUUGGUAGUCCAUAUUAUGGUUGUCCAGGAUUAGUUGUCAAAAAUGCUAAAAGAAAUUUGGCAGUAAAAUUGAUUAUUGAUAUAAAUAAUAGUAGCAUGGAGCCUGAUUUCGGCAAAAAAAUUGCGAAUGAUUUUGAUAGUCGUGUGAAAUACUAUCCUUCCUUUCAGGUUGCAAAAAGGUUAAGCAUGAGUGGUCUAACUUUGAGUAAAUUAACUGCUAGCUUAUAUGUUAUUUGUAAGUCAACUGAUCAACGGGUCAACCUUGGACUUAAUUUAAAAUUUGAAGCAAAAAAACAAAAAGUAUUGGGAUAUACAAGAAAGUCGCGAGAUUCUGGGUGGGAAUAUAGUGAGAAGGCGAUACAGAUUUUGGCACAAUAUAAGGAAAAAUUCCCAGAAUUCAUUCAAGCUCUUGAAGAGAAGCAUAAAGAUGGUA